AUGGCUGACCCCGCUCGCCAGGUUGAUGAACUUUUGGGCUCCAUUGAUCUCACAGAUGCCGGGGGGAUUGCGGACCAUGAAGCCCAGGCCCAGUCUGCAGUGCCCAGCUUUGAUCUCGACAUACCUGUUGCACGCUCCGACCAAGACAUUCCCGACAGUCAGCUGCUGUCCAUGCUUGAGGACGAUGAAGUGUGGGACGGCCCUGCUCCUUGUGCCCCGGACCCUUCAUGUGCUGCUGGUAUUUCAGACUUGGAGAGGGAGUGGUACUUGAUUGCGGGAUCUUUCGGGGCUGCUGAUGCUGUGAGCGCGCCCUGUGAGCCGUCACCACCGAGCUUAGAGCCUGAGCAACCUCCGGCGGUCCCUUUGGACAGCACCGCCGAGGACCAGUUGCAGCAGAGUGCAGUGGGGCAUAUCCAUAAGAGGCUCCGCAUGGAGGCCCCGCUUCUCCCGUGGGAACGGCAACCUUUUGCCGCAGUCUUCGGGGGCCCAUCCUGGCUGGAUACCUUGCAACGUCAGAUCAGCAUGGAUCUAAUGCCUGGGGUGGGUAGCGCCGAUGUUCUUAAGCCUGCGUUGCCUAAGGUUCAUGCCCCUAAGCCCCAGAUUGUUGCUGCGUCACUUUCGAACCGCCUUCACCGCUUCAGGCCGGAGGCUUCCGAUGAGGAUGUUCGCAAUCUUGCUUUGGCCAAACUCAAGGUAUUGAUUACUUGCGACCCGCUAGCCAGCGAGCUGGGUAAGUCCUUGAUUGAUAAGCUUGGAGGUCUUGUGAAAGAGGCUGUGGUAGCCCAGUCCUUUGCAGAUGCUUUCCGUGCCAAGGCGUCGUCCACGCUUAACGGGCAUGCGUGUGCUCUCACAAGGUUUAGUGCAUGGUGUGCUCGCCAAGCUGCCGAGCCUCUGCGUGCUGACGAGGAACAGCUAUAUGCGUACUUGUGUGAGAUGAGGUCUUCCAACCGGGGGGCUACUUCUGGGAACAAGUUCUUGCAGUCGCUGACUUUCUUGGAGCAUGCUGUCGGACUACUUUUCAUGUCAACUGAUGUGGUGGCUUCCGCGAGGGUUCGGGGCGUCGCUCGAGACAUGGCCCUAACCAAGGCUCCUCUGUCUCAGAGGCCCCCACUCACGGUGGAGCAGGUCUCGGCUCUGGAGGCCCUCAUGGUCAAUGACUUGAAUGACACCGACGCCUGUGUGCUAGGCCAAAUUCUUUUCGCAGUUCACUCAGCUGGAAGAUGGAGGGACAUACAAGGAUUACAAUCUGUUGAUGUCUCCGAAGGUUCUGAGACCGUCCUGUUGCUGGCAAAUGGUCUAAAGAGCAAGACCACGCACACGGCUGAGGCCCAGAGGAGGCUGCUGCCGAUGUUGCUAUCUCCACUGGGGUCUCGGGCUACGACUGGGGAGACCGGUGGCUCACUGCUCGAAGGAACGAGGGCCUUCAGUGGGGAGGGGAUUUUUGCCUAUUGGAGCACAGCCCGCGUGGGCUCGGGUGAAGCAUCUGCAUAUCUUCGGGACUUCCUUGAGGCUGUCAGCUUGCCCAACCCCAGGGUUGGAACCCACAGCCUCAAGACCACCUUAUUGACGUGGGCGAGCCGCUCGGUCAGAAUCGACUUCAGUGAGCCGGAAAGGCUACACCUCGUUCACCACUCUGCUCCGGGCACGAGGUCGAUGUAUACAGCAGAGAGGCUUAUUCGAAGCUCUACGCCAAGGUCCUGGCGAUGUUCAAGACGAUCGGGGAUGGAUCGUUCAGCCCAGACCUCCCUCCGGCUCGCCGGGUCGAACAUCUUGCUGAGGCCAUCAUGGUGGGUAGCUCCCAGGCUGCUAGCUUGGGGCCGCAUGCUCCUGCUGGAGAGGAAAGUGCUUCUUCGGAUGACUCCGAAGCCGGUGUCCUCGAGGGCCACGAUGGGCGGCAGGCGCCCGACUUGGUGCGCGGGGCCUUCCCGGACCGCUUCCUUCAGGACAUAG